GGCGCCGCCGCCAUGGUGCUCAUCAAGGAAUACCGUGUUAUCCUGCCUGUGUCUGUGGAGGAGUAUCAAGUGGGACAGCUGUAUUCUGUGGCAGAAGCCAGCAAAAAUGAAACUGGUGGAGGUGAAGGAGUGGAGGUCCUGGUGAAUGAACCCUAUGAAAGAGAUGGAGAGCGUGGGCAGUACACACACAAGAUCUACCACUUACAGAGCAAAGUGCCAACAUUUGUGAAAAUGCUGGCACCUGAAGGAGCUCUGAAUAUCCAUGAAAAGGCAUGGAAUGCCUAUCCCUACUGCAGAACUGUUAUUACAAAUGAGUAUAUGAAGGAUGACUUCCUGAUCAAAAUUGAAACCUGGCAUAAAUCAGAUCUUGGAACACAAGAGAAUGUCCAUAAACUGGAGCCAGAUGUAUGGAAGAAUGUAGAAGCUAUUUAUAUAGACAUUGCUGAUCGGAGUCAAGUACUUCCCAAGGAUUACAAGGCAGAAGAAGAUCCAGCAAAAUUUAAAUCUGUCAAGACUGGACGUGGACCUCUGGGUCCCAACUGGAAGAAGGACCUGGGGAAGCAGACAGAUUGUCCGUACAUGUGUGCUUACAAACUGGUAACGGUCAAGUUCAAGUGGUGGGGUCUGCAGAAUAAAGUUGAGAACUUUAUACAGAAGCAAGAAAAGCGUCUCUUCACAAACUUCCAUCGGCAGCUCUUUUGCUGGCUGGAUAAGUGGGUUGAUCUGACUAUGGAGGACAUUCGUAGGAUGGAGGAUGAGACCAAGAGACAGCUGGAUGAGAUGAGAGAAAAAGAUCCAUUGAAAGGAAUGUCGGCUGCAGAUGACUAAUGUGACUUCUUCCCUGUGCACUUUUGCAAGAGAGUCGUCAGGAAGGCCCGGGGAAU